GUUCCUCUCUCUCAUCCGCUUCGAAGUUUUCCCUCAAUUUUCUUUGCAAUUUUCGAUCUAUUUACCGUUCAAUGGCGAAGAAGAAGAAGGUGAUCCUCCCCCCCGAUCUCCCUCCCGAAAUCGCCGACAAUGAGAUCGAGGCACGUAACACGAGUUGCGGAUUACGAAGAUGAUGGAUUGGAAGCGCUUUAUGAGAAGCGGAAUCGAAAAGCUGCUCUCUUGAAGGCGCAGGAAGAAGAGCUCCAAGUGGACCCUGCUGAUGCUCUUCCGAUUAAGACUUUAGAUGGGAAGUUGCAAUAUAGAAUUGCGAAGAAAAGAAGAUCAGAAGAGAAAAAUGAUGAUAUCGAAUGUGCAUCAGGGGACAAGGAUGAUGAUAUUGUAAGACUUACAAAAGCGGAACGGAGGGAAAAAUUGAAAAAGAGCAAGAAAGAGGCUAAGAAGCUUGCAAAACAGGAAAAUGAAUUAGAUAUUCAUGCAGGAAAACUGCACGCAGAAGUGCUGGAAAAGGUGCAGGAAGAACUUUCUGCUGAAGAAAUAUUUGCUGGAAAGAAGAUGAAACUGGCUGAAAUCGGGAUGGCAUUACUUGAAGAUCCUGAGUCAAAUAUUCGGUCUUUAAAAGAGUUGUUGAAUAUUUGCAAUGAUAAAGACCGUAACAUUGUGAAGCUUGCUCUGAUGUCCUUGUUGGCUGUUUUUAAAGACAUCAUUCCUGGCUACCGUAUCAGGUCACCAACCGAAAAGGAGCUCGCAAUGACUGUUUCAAAACAAGUUAAGAAGAUGAGGUUUUAUGAGUAUACUCUUUUGAGCUCAUACAAGGCAUACCUUCUGAAGUUGUUAAAGUUAGAAAAGCAGUCCUUUUUUCAUCAAGUUGCUGUUCGCUGCAUGUGUACAUUACUGGAUGCUGUGCCACACUUCAACUUCCGUGAGAGCUUACUUGCUAGUAUUGUUAAGAAUAUAAGCUCCUCUGAUGAUGUCAUAAGGAAACUUUGUUGUGAUACCAUAAAGUCUCUAUUCACCAAUGAAGGGAAGCAUGGUGGACAAGCAACUUUGGAAGCUGUUCGAUUGAUCGCUGAUCACGUGAAACUCAAUGAUUGCCAACUUCAUCCUGAUAGCAUAAAUGUUUUUUUGUCCUUAAAAUUCGAUGAAGAUCUUGGGAAGUCGAAAAGAAUGGAAGACGAUGACAAAGUCAAGAAGAAGAAGCGGUGGCAAAAUCAGGAGGGCUCAAAACAGUUGAAAGGCAAUGAUAAAAAGAAAAGUAGACAGGAAUUGAUGGCAAAGACAAGAGAAGAAGUUGAUGCAGAUUUUAAGGCUGUUUCAUUUUCUCUGGACGCUGUGGAGCAAAGAAGGAUGCAGUCAGAAACACUCUCUGCAGUUUUUGAGACUUAUUUUCGCAUUUUGAAGUACAGCAUGGACCCUUCUGCUUCAAGGCCUAAAAUCAAUGCUGCUUCUUUGGCUGGUGGAGUUGGACCGCAUCCGUUGCUUGCUUCUUGCUUGGAUGGGCUUGGAAAGUUCUCACAUUUGAUUGAUUUGGAUUUCAUGGGUGAUCUAAUGGGCUGCUUGAAAAAGCUAGCUGGGUUCAGUGAACAGCACCAAGAUAGUGGUGCUUCAGAUCAGAGUUCUCUAUCUGUAACAGAGCGACUGCAAUGUUGCAUAGUGGCUUUUCGAGUAAUGAGGAGCAAUCUUGAUGCCCUAAAUGUAGAUUUACAGGACUACUUUGUUCAGCUUUAUAACCUUAUACUCGAGUAUCGGCCUGACAGAGACCAGGGCCAGGUGUUGGCUGAAGCUUUAAAGACGAUGCUAUGGGAAGGCAGGCAACACAAUAUGCACAGAGCAGCAGCUUUCAUAAAACGUCUCGCCUCGUUCUCGUUGUCCUUUGGCUCGGCAGAAGCCAUGGCGGCUUUGGUCACACUAAAGCAUCUCCUGCAAAAGAAUAGCAAGUGCCGUAACCUAUUGGAAAAUGAUGCUGGUGGAGGUUCACUCUCUGGUUUAGUUGUGAAAUACCAACCGGAGGCUACAGACCCAAACCUGAGUGGUGCACUUGCUUCAGUUCUUUGGGAGCUUAGCCUUCUAAUGAAUCACUACAACCCUUCGAUUUCCUCAAUGGCUGUGAGUAUUUCGAGCAUGGCGAACUUGAACCCUGACCAGAAUCCGGUUUCUCUUUAUGCCGCCUCUCCUCUACAAGCCUUUGUUGACUUCUCAAUUGAACGAGAGCUCUUAAAGCCGGUUGGCAAACCUCUCUCUUUGAACCAAAAAAGGAAAAGGGAGAACAGAGAGGGGUUUUCUGCAUUCAGUCCUGAUCAAAUUCAACUGGUGGGAAGCUUCAUUAAUGAGGAUCGCGUGAAAAAGAAAUUGGAAGACCAUUUCAAACUGCUUAGAGAUAUCAGGGAGAACGAGAGAUUUCGGAGCGAGUUGAACUGCACGAAGUGGUCCAUUGAUUUGUACGAAGAAUACGAGAGGCAGAGAAAGUAAAUCGAUAACUCGAAGACUCAUCGAAAAAAGAAAGGUGGCAAGGUUUUGUGAAGCCUACAUAUUUUCAAAUCCUAGGUGAAUUUUUGCAAUGUCCAAUAGUUAAUUAAUUUGAAUGAGAUAUAUGGAGUAGUGCGAAGAAAUUGCUCCUUUUUGGCUGAAUGAAUUGUUCUACUUUCUUUCUGACAUUUGUGCGAGACUAGUUUAAAUUUAUGUUUAUUUUUCCUCUUCUUUCCAAUGAUCAUAGAGGAGUCGUUGAUACUGUAAUAUGUUAAGGAUUGCUAUGCUAGCCGGCAUGCCCCUAUCAAUAAGUCCGUAUUGACAUAUAAAA